CCCGGAACUAUACCCUGUCUGUCCGCCAUUUUGGCAGCUGCUCGGCGGCGGGUGCGAGCGGGCGAACAAGGUUCGUGUGUGAGCGGCUCGGCUGCUUCCUGAGGACGGCGGUCGCUCCCUCCGUGUCUGCCUCUCGACUUCGCCUCGCCUUCUCUGCCAGUCCUCCCCUCCCCGAACCACACUCCUCUGUCUGCGGGCUUUUAAAGCCUGGGAAGUGAAAAAAAAAAGAAGAAUCGGCAAGUGAGAUUAGCUCGCUGUUAUUUCUUUUCCUGCCGAAGUUCUGCAUCCUUCGAUCGCCUACCGCCGCCACACCCCUCUUUCCCCCCCCCCCCCCCUGCCGCUGCCGCAACCGCAACCUAAACGGAAAGAAAGGAGCCCCUCUUAAAUCAAAGCCGCCGGCGAUUUCUUUUUUAUUUUUUUUAAAAACGAGGUAAUCCUCAUCCUCCUCCUUCCCGUCCAUCGAGCGCCUCAGCCACCCUCCCUUCCCCACCCCCUCCACCGGAGAACAUGGAGGACCGCGAGGACCUCGUCUACCAAGCCAAGCUGGCCGAGCAGGCUGAGCGCUACGACGAAAUGGUGGAAUCAAUGAAGAGGGUAGCUGGCAUGGACGUAGAGUUGACGGUUGAGGAAAGGAAUUUACUGUCUGUGGCCUAUAAAAAUGUGAUUGGAGCAAGGAGAGCAUCCUGGAGGAUAAUCAGCAGUAUUGAACAAAAGGAGGAAAACAAGGGUGGAGAGGACAAACUAAAAAUGAUCCGUGAAUACAGAAAAACGGUUGAGGAUGAACUGAAAUCAAUUUGUAAUGACAUUCUGGAUGUACUGGAUAAACACCUCAUUCCUGCUGCCAACUCUGGAGAGUCAAAGGUUUUCUACUAUAAAAUGAAAGGUGAUUACCACAGGUAUCUGGCAGAGUUUGCGACAGGGAAUGACCGGAAGGAGGCAGCAGAAAACAGCCUGGUUGCAUACAAGGCGGCUAGUGAUAUUGCAAUGACAGAACUUCCACCGACACACCCCAUCCGCUUAGGCCUUGCUUUGAAUUUCUCUGUAUUCUACUAUGAAAUUCUGAACUCUCCUGACCGUGCCUGCAGAUUGGCAAAGGCAGCAUUUGAUGAUGCAAUUGCGGAACUGGACACCUUGAGUGAAGAAAGCUACAAGGACUCUACACUUAUUAUGCAGUUGUUACGUGACAACUUGACACUAUGGACUUCAGACAUGCAGGGAGAUGAUUCAUAAAGGAUAUGAACCAAUCAUUCCCCUGUAAUCUGUACUUUGUGAGGAACAGAGUAAAGAUGUGGUGCAAGAUGUUGAUGACGACAAUCAGUGAGAAGACAUGGCGAAUGAGAAGACCCUGUCUGCCCCUCUCCUGUCCCUCCCCACAGUCCUAGUCCAAGCUGAGAACCAGUAAAUUUGAUGUUGGUGCUGGACCUCAGAAUUAGCUAUUGCCCAUUUGGGUUCCGAGGAUUAUUUUUGUUUUUUAUUUUUAUUUUUUACUUGUUUAAAAUAAAAUCUAAAAGCAAUGCUGUCUCUCUAUGGAUGUUUAACUGGGACCUGCUUUCUUGACUAGCUACCACAGUUAUUCGGAAAUCGUUUUAAAACAACUGCUCAAUUCUACCUAAUGCAGCGUUGAUUAGUUCAUCCCUGCACUACUUUAACCAGUUGAGAUCUGAGCAUUGAAUUUGAAUUGGCGGUUGGUCAUGAAUUGCAAUGAAUGUCAGACAAGCCUGUGUGCCGUGAGCGCCUCCCCACAAAAUAGCCCUUUGUGUGUUGUGCUUCUUGCAACACACCAAUCCAUCUUAACCCUCUUAGCAACUGCAUGCUGUUGGUUUGCUUAUCUUUUAUUCCCCAAAAAAGUACUUGCAGCAACUAGUGUGGCUAAACAAAUACAACUGUAUUUUUUGUGAGCAGUUUAAAUAGCUUGCUCAAAGUCUGUGAGCCUGAUGUGCAGUGUUUUUCUUCAGUGCUUUUAAUCCUAAAGAUGGCAGAUGACAGUUACAAUCCAUAGAUAGUCCUUUGCUGUUUUUUUGUCCAUCCUGGCAGAGCAGGUCAUGUUUGAGCUGCUGUUGAAGCCUGCAUGCUUAAAACAAGUUUUGUUUUUUUCCUACCCACUCCUCCUUUUUCUCCCCACCCCUUCUCUUUCUCUCUCUUUGUUCAGUAUGUGUAACUUGAAGCUAAUUUGUACUACUGGAUAUAUCUGACUGGAGCCACCGAUACAGAUCUGUAUCCUUCUUACUGAAACACAGCAUGGAUUAAUAUUAAACUUAAAUAAAAGAACCUAAAUUAA